CCACCAUUUCCGUCUUGAAUUGGCGUUUUUCCUCUUUGAUUGUCAGAAGAGAGGAAGUUUUUUAGGCGUUGCGAUUGGAUUAUUUUAAUUGAUCGUCUUGCUUGUGAUUGGUUAACGAAGACCCAUGCUUGGUGGUGAUUGGGUGACUAAUUAAAGGAGUGCGUUGUGAUUGGUUGAGGGUAUGGUGCAUAGAGACGUUGUGGUCAAGAGACUACAUAUACCAGGGAGGUGUUGAGAUACAAGGUACUGUAUUCCGAGUACUGAGUUACACACCGUUGAAAACAUCUCUAUAGCAUAUACCACACGUACCUCUUCAUAUAUAACCAAGAUGGCCACUCGCUCACCGAAAAAGUCUACCACUAAAACAGCCACCAUCCACAACACUGUGUUAAAUACGCCUAAGGUCAGGAUGAUACAGAACAACGCCACCAAUGUCUUACAUCGGGCUAGUUUUUCAAUGUCUCCGGUGGAGCAGAAAAAGCUCAAACCAGCAACCCCUCGUGGACUCUUGGCAAUGAGGGCCACAAUCGCCGAAAUGAAUCUAGAGCUUCCAACAUCCUUGCUCACUGCACAUGGGCAGCUAUCUCUUUCAUCAAUACUCACACCAGAAGUCACGAUCAUCGGAUAUUCUCCACCGAGAGCACCGGUUGUCCGCCGACUGCGGAGGCAGAAUGCAGUUAUAGAAGGAGUGACUAAAUCAAGGGGAACACGCAGACCUCCAUCUCCAGCAACCUCCUCGGUUCAGAUGGAGGUAGACGUACCUGAAAAAGUCCUUCAAAGUCUCCAGAAACUCAGUAGAAAGCUCAACUACGAGGAGGAGAUAGAGGUGGCUGCGGAGGAGGAGGAGGAUAGUCUAGACACAGAUGUCAGCAUGCAGGAGAUGGAGACGGCGAAAGAUGACAUACAUCAUCCUGUAACACCUGUCCUCAUGGCCGUCAAAGCACUGUCGGGUCUUUUAAACGAGGCGGUGCAUCGGUCGUGCACAGGAUGCAGACUCAACUAUCCGAGCCAGAAAGACCACGAUGACUGUAUGUGGCUGGAGUGGCCAGACAGGGUAGACAAGCAUAUCGACGAAGCCAUCACCAAGCUCACAGAGGAGCGAUACUUUCGCUUUAUUAACAUGGUUUACCUCGUGAAUGAAAUGUUUGAAGAGGAGCUGGACGCUUGUGUGGAAGAAGCCACAAUUUUUUUUUCACAACGAACUGAAAAAGAAGGACGUUCAGUCAUUUAUCAUAAGCAAACCAAAAGAUCUAUAACUUUAACCGGACAUUUCGAAAAGUGAAUUUCAUAUAUAGUUGACACGAAUUAGUAAUGUAAACAAAAAAUGACCAACCUUUCUGCACUUUUAUUAACGCUAUGGCGUCAUUGGUUUUCUUAAGACACGUAGAGAUAUGUGUCUUUUGUAAUGUCUAAUUAGUGUAGACGCAAAACGCGUACCGGUAUUGAUACCAAAAAGAAGGAAAAAAAGCGAUUGCAAAUACCGAUUGAGAACAAAUACGGGUUAUAACAGGUUGUGGAAUCGCUAACUGCAAAUGAUUUUUUUUAAAACAGAAACAUAAAUAAUUUGUACGACAAAACGACAGAGCAUUUUUAUGCUUAUAGACGUUAUGAUAUUCGUAUGACAGAGUAAUAUCUAUUUACGUCUUGCUUAACGUCUCGCCUUAUAAAGAAGUUUUUGUAGAAAAGUAUCCAUUGAUUUAGCACUAAAAUGAUUCAAUUCAAACUGAGACUAGGUCUAUAAUUCAGUUUCUCCUUCCUAUUUUUCUGCUGGUGUUUUAAACAAAUGAGGGCGCUAGUUCAGAAGUCUAUCCAAACUUUGACCCGUAACUCCAGCGUGGAGAUACCCAACUAAAAACAUAGGUCUACCCCAAAUGAAGUAAAUAUUCAUCAAAUGUCCAAAUAAAGGUCAUGAUUUAAAAGUUGCAUAUACAAUUGACGUUGGGGUGCAGGCGUGCGGGUGUGUUCAGUUAGCAAAAGCCAGAGUUUAACGGGUCAAAAAUGGAUACAAAAGUACACUAGCGCCACUUCAAUUUUUGCAGACAGUGGAGUGUCAUUGCUAGACAUUGUUAAAAUCUUUUUUUAAACUGAAUAAUGGUCUUUUUUCUGUGAAGGGGGAUGAUAUAAAUCACAAGAUAUAGGAUUUUUAGAUUUAUUUAGAUUUUAGAUUAGCAAUUUACUGAUCUUGCUGAUGUGUUCAUUUUAUUUUUGAUCAAUGCAAUAUA